AUGCCGAUCUUCACACGGGGGAAAAGAGCCGAUAUAAUUGUAGCCUACCAGAACGAUCUAGAUAAUGCGGAAGCCAAUUUCAACAUGCGAUACGACGCUAAUUCUUGUCCGAAAGAAGAUAUCGCGGAUUUUGCUUUGGAGGAAUGGAUCGGCGGGGGUGCUUUCGGCACCGUGUACAAAGCUCGCAAAGACGGAAAUGUUUACGCUAUAAAAAGACAACUUAAGGGAGACCGCUGCGUCCGACUCAUACUGGAGAAGAGAACUCAGUUCGCUUUCAAAAAUAUCUUCCUCGUUGAGCUCUUCUCUACCUGGAAAACGAAACUCCAGACGUUCAUGGUCAUGGAUUUCGCAACCUACGGGGAUCUGUACAAUAUCGGACCCAUCCCUCACCCGGAAGCGAAAUUGAAACUCCUACUCGGCCAAGUUGUAUUGGGUCUCGAAUACAUACACCGCUGCAACAUGAUUUAUCGAGACUUGAAACCAUCCAAUAUUUUGGUGUUCGAAAAGGGACUCCUGAAGCUGUGCGACUUCGGAGUCACGGUGAGAGCAUCUUCGGCUGUCAUAGGUACCUUCGGUACCCUCAGGUUCAUGGCACCAGAGAUGCAUGGAGACAAGCCAUACACUUGUGCAGUAGAUUGGUGGGCUCUCGGGAUCAUGAUGUAUGAACUACUGACCGAAAAUGGGGCGACCCCCUUCUACGAUGUCGACGACGAUUUGUCAAGACUACAGAAAAUAGAUUUGAUCUGCCACACAGAUCCCCUGGAGCUUCAAAAUCCUCCGCACUCUAACGCUGCGAAAGCAAUGGUGGCGCAGCUGUUGUUCAAGGAUCCCAAUCAGAGACUAGGCUUCGGGUUGGGUGGUUGCGACGGUGUAAAGAAACACGUUUGGUUCUCAGACAUCGAUUUCAAUAACCUAAUUGUCGAACAGGACUUCCCUGAGAUUGAACUGCCGCCGCCAAUCGAGGGGACGCAGCAGGGCCUUCCUGAAUUCAAGAAUGAUCCUCCGCAUUCUCCGGGCCCAGACCCAGGAAACGACCCUUUCGCGGACUUCUGA